AUGGCGACCUUCACGGCACGCCGGAGCGAGCCCGAGGUGCUGUCACCGGCGCGGGCGACGCCGCGUGAGACCAAGACCCUGUCGGACCUCGACGACCAGCGCACGCUGCGCUACUACGAGACGGUGGUGGGGUUCUUCCGCAGCAACAGCAGCAGGCCCGAUAAUCCGGCUAGGGCCAUCAGAGCGGCUCUAAUGGAGGCUCUGGUGUACUACUACCCGAUCGCCGGCCGCCUCAGGGAGGACGGUGCAGGGAGGCUCGUCGUCGACUGCACGGCCGAAGGAGUGGUGUUCGUGGAGGCCUACGUGGACGCGCGCCUGGAGGAGUUCGGCGAGCCGCUGCUGCCACCGUACCCUUGUGUAGAGGAACUCUUGUGCGAUGUGGGCGACACGAGGGCCGUCCUCGGCAAGCCAUUGCUCUUCAUGCAGGUAACACGACUCAAAUGUGGAGGCUUUGUCCUGGGUUUUCACAUCUGCCAUAACCUUGCCGACGGUUUUGGCAUGGCACAGUUUAUCAAAGCUGUAGCUGACAUCGCACGCGGAGAAGCGGAGCCAACCAUUUUACCCGUGUGGGAUAGGGAUUUGCUCACAGCACGCAGCAUAGCCCCCAUCGCAAGAUCGUACCCAGUGUACGAAUCGCCAGUAAAUGACUUGGGGAGCACAGCUCGUGACAUGAUGUUGUCCACUCCACCGAGGAGCAUGGUCGCCAGGUACUUCCUCUUUGGGCCAAGAGAGGUAUCAACCUUGCGAGAUCGCAUACCAGCCGGGCAUCCCGCCCGCUCCGCCACCAUUUUCGAGCUAGUGACCGCGGUGAUGUGGCGGUGCCGCACGGUCGCUCUCGGGUACGAGGCCGGCCAGAGGGUGCGCCUCAUGGUCACCAUGAACGCCCGCGGGAGGUGGAACAACCACACCCCGAUCCCAUGGGGAUACUACGGCAACGCGCAUGUCUCCCCAAUCGCGGAGGCCACGGUGGGCGAGCUAUGCCGGCAGCCGCUCGCAGAGACAGUGGAGCUCGUGCGUGACACCAAGCGCCGCAUGACCAAGGAACGCAUGGAGUCGAUGGUGCAGACGGUAGCGUCGCUGCGGGAGUGGCCGCCUUCCGCCAUGGACAAGGUAUACGAGGUAUCGGAUGUAAGGUGGAUGGCAGUGAAUGUGCUGAAAUUCGGUUGGGCCGAGCUGGCUGGCGGCGGCAUACCGUUGGCCGGAGACCUCACUUCCAAGUUAGGGAGUGAUCACGUGUGGUGCAUGAAUGAGAAUGGCGAGGUCUCGACUGUGGUGUCAAUGCUGCUGCCGAGGCUAGCGAUGGAGAGGUUUAAAGAAGAGAUCGCGCUAUGGCUGAGCGGCAAAGAUGAAGAGAAGAAUUUAACUCUAAUGAGCUCCCUAUAG